AUGGAUCAAAGACUCUACAUAGCUGUAUGCAAUGGAGAUGUAGGAGCUGUAUUAGAAUUACUAAAACAAAAUCCUCUUCUUCUCCAUAACGAUAUCGAUACACCAGACAAUCCAUUACACAUAGUUAGGCAUGCAGAUUUUGCUAAAGUGGUUACGGAUCGAAACACUAAAUUAGCAGAAGAAAGAAAUCACCAAGGAUUUAGUCCAGUUCAUUUGGCUUCAGCAAAAGGGUACUCACAGAUUGUGACAGAUUUGCUUAAUAUUGAUAGCAAACUCUGUGUUCUUAAAAAUGGUAACGGAAGGACUCCUCUCCACUGUGCUGAAAUAAGAGGAAGGCAAGUUGCUAUAGAACAAUUACUGUCAUGUUGCCCGCAGGCAGCUAGGGAGCUCACUCAUAAAGAGGAAACUGUGCUUCACCUUGCUGUCAAAAAUAAUCAGUCUGACGCUGUCAAAUCUUUGCUUCGCUUCUUACACAUAACAAUCUUAUUGAUGAUCUUGUCAAUUGUGUCGAUCAAGAUGGAAACACAAUAUUGCACCUAG